GAAUUUCUCAAUCCCUCCCCGUUUUAGCGCGCAGCGACGCUCCGUCAGCGAUAUUCUAGCCUUCGAAUCUUCUCUUCUCUCUUUCAUCCUGACAUUUACCGCCGGCGGCGACUUCCUAGCCAUUAAUCCCAGUAUUAUUCUUCAAACGAUUAUUAUUUAUUGCUUAUUGUUUUAUUUAUUAAUUACAUAUAAUAAUAAUAACAAUAAUAAUAUAAAAUUAAGUCAAUUAAAGUACAACGAUCAAUUUAUAAACAUCCAACUCAAACUUAUCUUAGUGCUAAAUAAUAUCAAUAUUUUUUAAUUACUGAUUUUUUUGAGUGAAGUUAAAAAAGUGAAAACGGAUGAAAAAAUCGUGAUGGUGAUUGAGUAUGUAAUUAAAUAACUAGCGGAAUAAUAUAGGUAAUUAUCGAAUAUGAAGCAAUGGAUUAUCAAAAAGUAUUGAUGAGGAAGAAUAAAAAAAAAUACUGCUGAGAAUGUAGGACCCGCGGAUCGUGAUGCUGAAGGAAGUGGGCUGUGGAAGUAGCACACCCCCAGGCGGGGACUGCACGACCCCGAGCAGACGAGAGAACAUCAAUGAGAGCGACAGAGUCCACUCGGAGGUCGUGGGUGGUGCUGGCGGACUCGCUUGCGGCGGCUGCGGAAGAGACAUCGCGGAAAGAUGGUAUCUCAGGGCAGCCGACCGCGCUUGGCACUGCGGAUGUCUGAGGUGCUGUCAUUGCCGGGUUCCCUUGGCUGCUGAGCUUACUUGCUUCUCAAGAGACGGCAAUAUUUACUGCAAAGAAGAUUAUUACAGGCUGUUUGCUGUCUCGAGAUGCUCAAGAUGUCGGGCUGGAAUUUCCGCAACAGAACUGGUGAUGAGAGCACGGGAAUUGGUUUACCACGUCGCCUGCUUUGUCUGCGCUUCCUGUGGGGUCCCUCUCAACAAGGGAGAUCACUUUGGGCAGCGUGAUGGACUUGUUUACUGCAGGCCACACUAUGAAUUAAUCUGCUGUGCCGCGGACUACGGAAACACCGCUGGAAGCGUUGAAGACCUCGGCUCACCGGACGUGUCAUCCCUCACUGGGUACUACAGUGCUAAUGAGCAAAGUCCCGUUGCUAAUGUGCAAAAAGGAAGGCCACGGAAAAGAAAACUUUCAGAAGUUUCGAGGUCCGAUUUGCCGGUUUCGAUGCGACUGGCUGCAGAACUUAUGCAUCCCAAUGAAUUGUCGUCCUCAAUGGAAUCGUUGGCCGCGUAUGAUACAUCAGUCGGUUCCCCGGGACCAAUUCAUCAGAGUCAACGCACCAAACGUAUGAGGACGAGCUUUAAGCACCAUCAAUUACGUACAAUGAAGAGUUACUUUGCGAUAAAUCAGAACCCGGACGCAAAAGACCUAAAGCAACUCGCACAGAAGACCGGACUUUCUAAGCGCGUUCUGCAGGUUUGGUUCCAAAACGCUAGGGCGAAAUGGCGGCGCAACAUAAUGAGGCAAGAGGGUAGCGGAGGCAUUAAUGUCGGCGGUAACGCCAAUGGAACUGGAUGUCCUGGCACACCGGUUCCUUCGUCCACGGGGAAUUCUCCGAAUAUUGGACCCGGUGGUGGGUUUCUUGGUGCUGACAGCAAUAGUCAGCCGGGCACUUCCAUGGAAGAGAUCCAUGCACUUCACCAUCUUCACUCGGCCAUUUCUUCACAGGUUUCUUUUUCGGAUCUCUAUUGACGCUAUUGGAGCUGAUAAUGAUUGAUACGAAUGCUACUGCUGUCUGUUUUUUUAUUGUUUAAUUAAUUAAAGACUUAAGGGGCGAAGACACUUAAUUACUGAUAUGAACGAUGCGGUGCUAGUGCUUGCGGAUAAUGAAUGGUUCUCCAUGCCUAUAUUUUCGAACUAUUUUUUUAGUAUUAUUUUUAUUAUUACCGAUGAAGAUUUAUUUCGUGAUUAGGUUUAUGUAUCUGUGGAAUACUAGUCAUUAGAUGGAUAUUAUUUAAUAAAUAAUAAGUCAUUUUAAGUAGGAUUUAUUAUCAUUAUUAUUGUUAUUAUUAUUAUCACUCUUCUGUAUUAAUUUAUUAAUUAUAAGUAAUUAUAAGAAUACUUAAUAAAUCCGGAUUACCAAAGUAUUAGAUAAGAUGAAGGAGUUUAUUUUUUUAAGAUGGUUUGCUUUUAUUGUAUCCCUUAAGCGUGAUGUUAGAAAGAAAAAUCAUCGCUGAAGCUAUCAAAAUUGUCUUUAAGGUCGUACUACCGUUACCACAAGAGUCAAAUCCCAAAACCUAACCUUAUUUGAUUAACGUAGUAGAUUUCCCUAUACUAAAUCGCGUUGGAGAAAGAAAGACAGAGAUAAAUUUUGAAUGUUUUUUAUUAACAAAUAUUCUCAUAUUCUCGGAAACCAUACUGAUUGUUAUUAAAGAUAUUCUAGAUGUUAUCUU